AUGCCCAGUCAACAUCCUGCUUCCGGUUCAACUGACUUAAUCGAAAGACAUAAACAGAGCAAUGGGUAUAUGCACGACGCAAUUGUCGGCCUUGCAGACGGCCUCACUGUACCGUUUGCUCUAACGGCUGGAUUAUCCUCAAUAGGCUCGUCUAAACUGGUAAUCCUUGGUGGUCUCGCCGAAUUAUUCGCCGGCUCUAUCAGCAUGGGCCUUGGGGCAUAUCUAGCCGCCGCGACUGAGCGGAAGCAUUACCAGGUUGAACUCGAGCGCGAGCGCCGCCAAGUCGCCAGAUCGGCAGACCAGGAAGAGGAAAUCAUGGCCAACAUCUUUGAACGCUACGGUGUCUGUAGAGAUGAGCUGCGACCACUGGCGCAUCGUCUCAGAAGUAAUAACGUGGAGACGUGGGUGCAGUUUAUGAUGGACUUUGAGCUUCGACUCGAAAGACCUGAUCAAAUUAUACCAUGGUUAUCGGCAAUAGUCAUGGGUCUCGCUUAUUUCCUGGGGGGAUUCAUCCCAAUGGUUCCAUACUUUGCUACUGAGAUACUCAAGGCCUUGUUUGUCUCAAUCGGUGUCACAGCCGUGAUGCUGCUGCUGUUCGGAUUCUUCAAAGCCAUAAUGAUGGGGUUAGGGGCUCGGGCAGCGAGCUACAGCGCUGCUUAA